CUCGAAAUCAAUCACCCGUAUCAACCAAGUCGGUCAUUCCAUUAUAGGCAAAUCAUCCAGCCAUGUCUUCACAAAAAGUCUAUUUGGACCACUUGCUUCUCCAAUUCAGCAAGGAAGAGUUCGAGUCACCGUCCAAAUGGUUGACUGAUCACUUUACCAUCAUUGAGGGUGGCACUCAUGCGGGUGGUCUGAGUCGCAACAAACUAAUCAUCUUCCCCGACGGAACUUAUCUGGAACUCCUUAACUGGAUAACCAAACCUGAAAAUUGGAGGGACCGACCGGGCGAUUUUGCGCUUACUUCUUUGGCACCCGUAUCGGCCGAAGAUAACCAUGACCGUAUAGUCAAAGCGCUGGAUACCAUCUCUGAUGAUAGCCUGGGGGUGACGUACUCGCGGCCGAUCGACGGAGGACGUCAGACACCCAGUGGGGUUGAUAUUCGUUGGAAGCUACUGAAGGCACGUUAUUCCGAUACGCAAUCAACUACGCCAGAUCUCCAUCCUCGAGGCCGCACAGAUGCACCCUUCUUCUGCCAUGAUGUCACGGACAGGGUUCUGCGCGUCCCGUAUGAUCAGUCUUCCGUCGUUGAUCACCCGUCAGGCGCAACGGGGAUUGCGGGCAUCGAGCUGCUCGUGCCUAAAGAUAGACUGCAAUCCUAUGUGGCCCUUUAUACGUGCAUAGUGGGAGCAUCCCCGCGCUUGUCCACUACCGAAGCGGAAUUCGAGCUCAGAGCGCCGGGUUCCCUAGAUUUCUCCGGGGUUCUUCGCAUUCGGGCUGCAACAUCGGAAAAUGAUGAUCAAUAUCUGCGGGAGAAAGGGAUUGGCAUUUCGUCUUUGCUAAUCCGAUCGAAAGCUAUCGGGGAUUUUCGUUUUCCUGUAUCAGAUUAUCUGCAUUGAGGUGCUCGUGCUAACCCGUAUGUACCAAUGCAAUGUUGCAACCUAUGCCGUAAGGUAUUAGUCGAAGAGAUGGAUUA